CAUUCUAUCAGACAUCAUGUGGGCCCUACUCCUCCUUGUGAGCCUUGCAGCAGUUUCUGCUGAACCCAGAAACUUUCAUGGGGAAAAAGUGUUCCGUGUAAUUCCACAAAAUGCUGAACAUGUUGAACUUAUCAAAUCUAUGGCCCAAACAGAAGGGCUUGAUUUCUGGCUCCCUGACUCAGCACAACUUGUAGAACAAGGAAAACGAGCUGAUUUUCAUGCUGAUGGUCAUGUCUCAUAUGAGGUUCAGGCCCUUCUCCAGCAAAGUGGGAUGCCCUAUGAAAUAUUGAUUAAUGAUCUGCAAGAUGCCCUAGAAAAGCAGCGCGACAGCAACAUCAGGGCUGUUCACAGUUAUGAGAAAUACAAUGAUCUUGAUACGAUUAAUGCCUGGUCUGCCAACAUUGCUGCUCAGAACCCAGGACUUGUGUCUCGUUCCUCGAUAGGAACCUCAUAUCAAGGCCGUCCUAUUUACUUGCUCAAGGUUGGAAAAAGCGGUGCAAACAAGAAAGCUGUAUUCAUAGACUGUGGGUUUCAUGCUAGGGAAUGGAUCUCCCCUGCUUUCUGCCAGUGGUUUGUUAAAGAGGCUGUGAGUGCAUAUGGCGUUGAAUCUGAGUUUACCUCUCUGCUCGACAACCUGGACAUCUAUGUUUUGCCAGUAUUGAAUGUUGAUGGUUACGUCUACACCUGGACCACUAACCGUAUGUGGAGGAAGACUCGUUCAGCUAACCCCAACAGCACUUGCAUUGGAACUGACCCAAACAGAAACUUUAAUGCUGGCUGGUGCACUGCUGGAGCCUCAACAAGAGCCUGUGAUGAAACAUACUGUGGCUCUGCUCCUGAAUCUGAACCAGAGACAAAGGCUUUGGCUAACUUCAUCCGCGCAAACAUUCCUGCAAUCAAGGGUUACCUUACUAUCCAUUCUUAUAGCCAGAUGUUGCUGUUCCCCUAUUCCUACAGUUAUGCAGUUGCUAAAGAUCACAAUGAACUGAAUGCAGUUGCUCAGGGAGCAGUUAACAGUCUGACUUCACUGUACAAAACCAAGUACACUUACGGUCCCGGAGGAUCAACAAUCUACCUUGCAGCAGGUGGAUCAGAUGACUGGGCCUAUGACGCAGGCGUUAAAUUCUCAUACACAUUUGAGCUCCGUGACACAGGACGAUAUGGUUUUGCCCUCCCUGAAUCUCAGAUUAAACCUACCUGUGAAGAAACCAUGCUGGCCGUCAAAUACAUUGCCAGCUACAUAAAGAACAAUGCUAAAUGAAGUUAUUCAAAGCUAACUUAGUGCUAAAGGUCUUGUGAUGUCCAUUUGUAUUUAAUAUUUUUAAUCUUAGGUCUGAAAGUUUUCUUAAUUAUUUUAGAAACAACAGUUGGUGUAUAAUGAAAUCAAAUAAAUGAAUCACAAAUACA